AUGGCAGGGCUGGUCGGGGAUGGGGAAGCGGCAGCUGGGGACGGGCCAGGGGACACCCUGACCCAGGCUCGGGGUCCACCUCAGGGCUACCGUGUCUACACACGCCGCUGGCUCUUCCUGCUGGCCGUCAGCUUGCUCAGCUGCUCCAACGCCAUGCUGUGGCUCAGCUUCGCGCCUGUGGCCGACACCAUCGCUACGCACUUCCUCCUGUCUAUGGAGCAGAUCAACUGGCUCUCACUGGUCUACCUCGUGGUGUCCAUCCCAUUCGGUUUGGUGGCCAUCUGGGUACUGGACUUCGUUGGGCUCCGCGGGGCGACCAUCCUGGGCGCAUGGCUGAACUUUGCCGGGAGUGUACUACGCACCCUGCCCUGUGUGACCGGCAGGACCCCUGAUCCAUUUGUCUUCUUCAUGGGUGGCCAGAGUCUCUGUGCCCUGGCCCAGACUCUGGUCAUCUUCUCUCCGACCAAGCUAGCUGCUUUGUGGUUCCCAGAGCACCAGAGAGCCAUGGCCAACAUGAUCGCCACCAUGUCAAACCCCCUGGGCAUCCUUGUAGCCAAUGUGCUGUCUCCUGCACUGGUCAAGAAGAGCGAGGACAUUCCCAUAAUGCUUGGCAUCUACCCCCUCCCCGCUGCCCUUGCCUGCCUGCUGGCCACUGCCUGCCUCUGGGAGAGUGUGCCCCCGACUCCACCAUCCGCCGGGGCUGCCAGCUCCACCUCGGAGAAGUUCCUGGAUGGGCUCAAGCUGCUCGUGCGGAACAAGGCUUACGUCAUCCUGGCUGUGUGCUUCGGGGGCGGCAUCGGGAUCUUCUCCAGCUUCUCAGCCCUCUUGGAACAGAUCCUCUGUGGGAGCGGCUACUCCAACGAGUUUUCAGGCCUCUGUGGGGCUCUUUUCAUUGUGUUUGGGAUCCUGGGGGCACUGGUGCUUGGCCUCUAUGUGGACCGGACCAAGCGCUUCACCGAGGCCACCAAGAUCAGUCUCUGCCUGACCUCCUUGGCCUGCGUGGCCUUUGCUCUGGUAUCCCGACUACGGGGACAGACCCUGGCCCUGGCCACCAUCUGCUCACUGCUGGGGCUCUUUGGCUUCUCAGUGGCACCAGUGGCCAUGGAGCUGGCUGUUGAAUGCUCCUUCCCUGUGGGAGAAGGGGCUGCCGCAGGCCUGGUCUUUGUGCUGGGGCAGGCCGAGGGCGUGCUCAUCAUGGUGGCGUUGACGGCACUGUCUGUGCGUCACUCGGAGCCAUCCUUCUCCACCUGCCAGCAUGGGGAGGACCCGCUCGACUGGACAGUGUCCCUGCUGCUGAUGGCUGGCCUGUGCACCCUCUUCAGCUGCGUCCUGGUACUCUUCUUCCACCCCCCAUACCUGCGCCUGCAGGCUGAGUCUGGCCUGUCUCCCUCCACCCUGGAUGUGUGCCCAGGUGCCGAAGACCGGGUAUCUCACCCUGAAACCAGCUCUGAGGCCCCUGGCACAGCACUCCCGGGUGAGAAGCUGCAGGAAGCCCAGCGGCAGCUGAUUCCUGGAGCCAGUUCUCUGGGCCCUGCCUCCUCCUCUGGGAGUCCCCAGACUUGCAGAGACUGUGACCGGGGACGUGGUGAAGGGGAGGGUGAAGAGGCAGGCUUGGGUCCCCCAGGUGGUGCCAACCAAGGCUGA